AAACAUGGCGCCUGAGCGGUUAAGGAGCCGGGCGCUCUCCGCCUUCAAGCUUCGCGGAUUGAUGCUCCGGGGUCUCUCUUAUCAGUGAAGCUGUUAAGUACCUCACAGAAGCUCUUCAGUCUAUCAAUGAAAUAGAGCUUGAAGAUGCACUGGAAAAGAUCAUCGAUGCUGUUGAAAAGCAACCCUUGUCAUCAAACAUGAUUGAGCGAUCGGUAGUGGAAGCAGCAGUCCAGGAAUGCAGUCAGUCAGUAGAUGAAACUAUAGAUCAUAUCUUCAAUAUCAUAGGAGCAUUUGAUAUCCCACGCUUUGUGUACAAUUCAGAAAGAAAAAAAUUUCUUCCUUUACUAAUGACCAACCACCCUGCACCAAAUUUAUUUGGGACAGCAAGAGAUAAAGCAGAGCUGUUUCGUGAACGAUACACAAUUUUGCACCAGAGAACCCACAGACAUGAAUUAUUUACUCCUCCAGUGAUAGGUUCUCACCCUGAUGAAAGUGGAAGCAAAUUCCAGCUUAAGACAAUAGAAACCCUAUUGGGCAGUACAAGCAAAAUUGGAGAUGUGAUUGUUCUUGGGAUGAUAACCCAGUUAAAAGAGGGAAAAUUUUUUCUGGAAGACCCUACAGGAACAAUACAACUGGAUCUUAGUAAAGCUCAGUUUCAUAGUGGUUUAUACACAGAAUCAUGCUUUGUCUUAGCAGAGGGUUGGUUUGAAGAUCAGGUGUUUCAUGUCAAUGCCUUUGGAUUUCCACCCACUGAACCCUCUAGUACUACUAGGGCAUACUAUGGAAAUAUUAAUUUUUUCGGAGGGCCUUCUAAUACAUCUGUGAAGACUUCUGCAAAACUAAAACAACUAGAGGAUGAGAAUAAAGAUGCCAUGUUUGUCUUUAUAUCUGAUGUUUGGUUGGACCAAGUAGAAGUAUUGGAAAAACUUCACAUCAUGUUUUCUGGUUAUUCACCAGCACCUCCAACCUGCUUUAUUCUGUGUGGUAAUUUUUCAUCUGCACCUUAUGGAAAAAAUCAAGUUCAAGCUUUGAAAGAUUCCCUAAAAACUUUGGCAGAUAUAAUAUGCGAAUACCCAAAUAUUCAUCAAAGUAGUCGUUUUGUGUUUGUACCCGGCCCAGAGGAUCCUGGAUUUGGUUCCAUCUUACCAAGGCCACCAUUUGCUGAAAGCAUCACUAAUGAAUUCAGGCAAAGAGUACCAUUUUCAGUUUUUACUACUAAUCCUUGCAGAAUUCAGUAUUGUACACAAGAAAUUAUUGUCUUUCGUGAAGACUUAGUGAAUAAAAUGUGCAGAAACUGUGUCCGUUUUCCCAGUAGCAAUUUGGAUAUUCCUAAUCAUUUUGUAAAGACUGUCUUAUCCCAAGGACACCUGACUCCUCUCCCUCUUUAUGUCUGUCCAGUGUAUUGGGCAUAUGACUAUGCUCUGAGAGUGUACCCUGUGCCUGACCUACUUGUCAUCGCAGACAAAUAUGAUCCUUUUACUUUGACCAAUACCGAAUGCCUCUGCAUAAACCCUGGCUCUUUUCCAAGAAGUGGAUUUUCAUUUAAAGUUUUUUAUCCUUCCAAUAAGAUAGUAGAAGAUAGCAAACUUCAAGGGUUUUGAGAUUCUUAGACCAUCUGAAGAAACAGAAUUCAUCAAUCAUCUGCUUAUUUUAUGUAAUUGUUAUUAAAUUAUAAUAAAAUUAUGGUAAACUUUAGAAUGUCCUGUUUAAAUUUCUAUUUAUAACUUUUUAUAAACAUGAUGGUAUACUUUACAAAGUUUCACAGGAAAAAUAUUUUCUGUAUAAUCGUAAGGAAAAUAUGAAAAUGUGUAAAAAUAC